AGAACUAGAAAAGCUGAUAAAGAAAAAAACAGAAACUGAGUUUUGGGAUGGCCUAAAACUAUUGUGUCUUAACUCCGAGAAUGGAAAAACGAAGACCAAUGAUGAUGGCAAGACGAAUCCCACUAAUGAUGGCAGGACGAUGACCACUGACGUUGGCAAGACGACGCCGACUGACGAAGGACACAACACAAUGAAAGAUCAGCUAAAUGAGUUAAGAAACACAUGGUUGAUGAUUUUCGCUGUGUCAAACACGAUCUGGCUUGCCUUGAUCUUCACCCUUGCCAACAAAGGUCAGCUGUUCAGUGUAUUUGGAAGCAACCCUGCCGGUCUUUUUGUGCUUGUGCUGUUCAGCUUGGUAGUUGCCAUUCAGUUUUUGGCCAUGCUGGUUCAUAGACUGGUCACUUUCACCCACUUUCUGGCUCGGGCGCCGUACUCCUUUAAGGAGAGAAAAGAUGACAAUAGCAAUCAAGCUAGAAAUGCAUCUGUCCCAAAGGUAGUGAACGAAGCCUCUGCUAGAGAUAAACCAAAUGACGAUAAAAACGUUAAACCAGCUCAAAACUACAAGAAAAACGCGAUCAAACAAGCCUGGCAUACUCUUGUGCAGUUUGUUUGCUCUGUCGAAAAAGGCACCAACACGGAGGAAACAAAACCCAUCGUGAAAGGGGAAAAUGAAAGUCCAUAAGUAAAGUGUUCCAAACAAUUGUUCAUACUCUUUGGACGAGAAUGUUUGUAUUGCAAGUUAAUAGACAACCGGUUUUGCCACGUGUAAUAAUAACAUUUACACUUACUAUGAAGGUUAUAUUUUGAAGGGUAUAUAUGAUAACGUGCGCGGUCCUGACGUCUGCGACGAUAUGUUACCUUCUCGUGAAUACUUUAGCUAAUUGAUGCAUAUGUUGCCUAUUUCUACAAUACAUGUACAAUUUUGUACAAUUUCCGCAUGGCGUGGAUAUUUUUAUGUCAGCAAUAUAUGCAGUUGAAUUUAUUUUUGUAUUUUGUAUCCGUAAUUUUAUAUUGAUUAACACAUGAAGUGGUUGUUUUAUGGUCACAAUUUUAAUUCUGUUAAAGAAAACAUCUGUGUUUUACUUAAAUUGUCCUGUUAUGUCUGUUAAAGUCUAGUUGGUUAAUGCAAAUGCCAACAUUAUGCAUUAUUAUUUAUAUCGAUGUUGAUGCCUUUGCUUACUAGAAUAAUGACUGUGAUAUAUAGACAUGAGCCGGAAGCUUCACGAUGUACCGUAAUUUAGUAUAUACCUGUUUAAUGCUUUUAACAAAAUACAGGUUGUAUCAAUCGUUGAAAUAAAAAAUCCCGUAUUUCGCUACUCGCCCAAUUCCGUAUUACCAUACUAGCCGGACUACUUCGACCCAUUUAAUGACGUCAUUAAUUACACGCACCGAAAAUAGAAAUAUUUUAUAUUACAUAAUAUAUUACGUAGUACAUCGUCUGACGUCAUUUCUGUGACAAAUCACAAUAGUUUUAUCUAAACUCUGUAAGGACAUGUCAGACGUGGUGUUUUUUUAACAGUAAACUAUGUGUUAAAAACGUAUUUUGGAGUGUGUGUUUAUCAUGCAUAAAUGUAUAUUUCGAUAGGAAUGCAAUAAAAUAGUGUGGUUUAAA